AUGGCUUCCGACGCUCUCACGGAUCUGGAGCGUGCGCGUAAAGAAAUGCAAAAAAUUUACUUUGGAGGCAAAGCAUCCAAUCAAUUCGUCGACGAGAUCAAGAAUGCGGCUCUCUUCCAGUUUUCCUGGGGUGAGCUGUUGAGCGCAGCACCCACUGCCUUGAGUCUCAUGGGAUCUCUUUGGAUUGCAGCAUCGAGCGAAACCGCAGGUAAAAUCAUGUUGGACUCACAGCCUACUGGUGGAUUUAAAUAUCUGGUCAACAGAAAAGACAUGUCAUUGAGAAGUUGUCUUGUUGAGGUGGCGGUCGCGAGGCUUUCACAAUCGCUGGCGGGCACAUGGACGCACUGCAAAACCGCAGUCGUCGAAUCACGACAGAGAAGGCAAAUUAACAUUGUUUUUGCGCGGCUUGUUCCUUGUACCCGGGGCAAAUAUGAACUCGAAGACUUCAUGGAUGCUCUUCAAGACUUCUCGGAGGAAGCGAAGCAGUGUGCUACUCUCGCUACCGAGAUUCGGAUGGCUUUCAAUAAAUGGGGAAAGAUGGUCGGUGAACUCCACGCCUGUCUAGAGCAGGAGAGUACCAACACGAGCCUCAAACAAGACAUCGUCAAGGUAGACGCGCUUGUGGCCAUAAUCGACAAGAAAUUCGCGACAGCGGCCGUGGAAGACUCUAAGUUACAGGCCGAAGCGAUGCAGAAGCAGGUCCAGCGUGCUGAAAAGCGACUGGACAAUGCGCUGGAUAACUUACCAGGACCGUGGGCGCAGGUUGCUCAGGCUGCAGUCUCGGGCUUUGCUCAAGCACUUCCCUAUGUCAUGGGGGGAAUCCUUCCUGCCGUGCUCGCUGCUGCCAACCCAGCUAAACCUAACAAUAAUAACGCUCAGACCACUGAUUCGGCUGCAAGUUCGCCAGCAAUUACCGCGGCGGAUCCAGCUUAUGCUGCCGCUCUAGAAAUGAAGGAUUUCACGGCCCACUUCUAUGAGAACCUAGGGGGUGAGAAGGGAGAGAUAAACCUUGAAAAAUUCAGAGGCUCGGACAAGCCCACUGACGAUGCAGAUGGCGCCCAAAGUGACAACAGUUCCAUCGGGUACCUUAUUGGAACUCUCACCAACCAGCAGAAUUCCAUUGAAAAGACAAAUACCGAACCCAACAAGAAGCUGCACGCCUCUUUAAAUAGGUUGAUCAAGGUCGCCAAUGAUAUUCGCACUUUGUUGGGCAAAGGGAGCAGCAUUAAUUCCGAAAAGCUCGAUCCCAAAACUGUGAAUGAAUGGAAGAGCGAGGUCAAGACUGCAAUGAACGAUCUUCUAGCCCUCUCCUCCUCUGCCGUAACCAUGUCCUCAAUCAACUCGCCUGAGCUGAUCAAGAUCGACAUUUCGAAGCCCGAUCAUAGUGCGCAGGUGGCACAGGUGAACAGUGCCAUGCAAGCAGUACAGAUGACUCAAAGUGCUGUAGAAGCAGCGCAGAAAAACUAUGAUGCUGCUCUGGCUCGCCAGGCCAAUACUGCGGCUGCCAUGGCUGAGGUGGAAAAGCGCUUGGAGCGACUAAAGGAGAGCGCGAUCACCUUGGAAGAGAUCAAAGCCGUCUUGCGUGACUGCAUCAACGUCUUAGUUGAUCUGUCUGUGCAAUUUGGUAAGCUAGAGCGCUUCUUCACCAUGCUGACAACGGUUAUCGACCACGUCAUGUUGCCACGGGCGCAGAGCUUCGUCAAGGGAAUGAGCAAGGCCGGCGAACGCGCCAACGAGCGUGGAUUGGUCAAUGUGGACGAUAUUUCAAAGCAGAUUAUCUACACCUCCACUUUGCAAGUCAAGGCCUACUUCUCUCUUUUGGAGGACAUCUCCGGAAUGUAUAGCCAGGUGGAUCGCCACUACAUUGCCGACGGUGUUAAUCUCUGCUACAAGCUCUCAGAGAGUGCUGCCAGCAACGAGCCUAUGGAGGAGUUCCAAGCUGAACUCAAGAAGUACAGCGAAGAUAGUUCUAAAAAGGUCGCGCAGAUAGUCGAUGAGAAACAAAAAGAGAUUCUCAAUGGGCUUCGUGCCCGUGCCGAGAAGGCCUUGCAAUCCACCCUAAUCCUGGAGGAUACAAUUAAGCAAAGAGGAAUCAUCAUUAGCGACGAAUCCAAGAGCGCAAUUCGGGCAGGAGCUGAAGCAGCCAAAGCGAAAGCGAAGGAACUGCUUAAUCAGGAGCAAUGUGCCACUGGCGGAACCGAGGAUAUGGCGCUAGAUGAACUUUGA